CUCUGCAUUACACGGAGACAUUUUACUGUAUUGAAGCAACAAUGACUUCAGCUCAGCGUUUGAGAGAGUUAAUCAACGAGCGACUAACUGCUGCUGCUGAAGAAAUAUUCCGAGAUUUUCAAACAACUAUCUCAGAGUACGAAGAAGAGAUCAACCGUCAGCGCAAACUGCUGGAUAUCCUUUCGAACCCGGAAAUAAACCUACACAAAACAGAGCUCCAACAGCAACAUGUCGGUGAGGAGGAGGAGGUUCUCACUGACCAGCAGCUCUGUGACCAGGAGAGGAACUCAAGUCUGGACCAAGAGGAACCAGAACCUCCACAGAUUAAAGUGGAACCAGAGGAACCAGAGCCUCCACAGAUUCAAGAGGAACAAGAUGAACCAGAGCCUCCACAGAUUCAAGAGGAACCAGAGGAACCAGAGCCUCCACAGAUUCAAGAGGAACCAGAGCCUCCACAGAUUCAAGAGGAGCUCUGCACCAGUCUUGAGGGAGAACAGCUGGUGCUGAAGCAGGAGACAGAAACGUUGAUGUGGACUCUUAAAUGUGAGGAAAGUGAAGAUCAGACUCUUGACUUGAGUCCUGAUGAAACUCGGAUUGCAGCAGAGAAAGAGCAUGUUGUCAGCGUGUCAGUACAAACAGUUAAACGCUCUAAGACACCUGAACCAGACGGUGACGAGCAGCUCCUCUCUCACAACUCUCAUGUAGCUGAGAACCCCAAAGGAGGCCAACAUGGAGACUCAGGAUCAACUACAAAACCAAAACCGCAGACAAGAUAUCAAAGUAGACAAAAUCGUAAGAAUCAAGACAAGUCUACCACUUCAAAGAUUCACAGUAAUACUUCAACUGGGAAACAGUGUUUUAAAUGUGAAUAUUGUGGGAAAUCUUUUGGGUUCAAGUCCGUUUUGGUCAGACAUCUGAUAAUCCAUACAGGUGAGAAGCAGUAUAUAUGUUACAUUUGUGAGAAAAGAUUCGCUCGGCCGAGCGCGUUAAAAGUUCAUAUGAGCUUACACACAGACGAGAAGCCGUACAAAUGUGACAUCUGUGGGAAAGGAUUCUCCCAGGAGGGCAAAUUAAACCUGCAUAUGAGAUCACACACAGGUGAGAAGCCGUACUCAUGUGACACCUGUGGUAAAAGGUUCUCCCAGGCGGGUGCAGUAAAAGUUCAUAUGGCAAUCCACACAGGAGAGAAGCCGUACCCAUGUGACACAUGUGGGAAAAGGUUCUCUCAGAUGAGCAGAGUAAGACGACAUCAGAGAAUCCACACAGGUGAGAAGCCGUAUUCAUGUAAUACUUGUGAGAAAAGAUUCUCCCAGACGAGCGCAUUAAAUAAGCAUAUGAAAAUCCACACAGGUGAGAAGCCGUACCAAUGUGAGACUUGUGGGAAAAGAUUCUCAGAGGCGAGCGCAUUAAAAGGGCACAGGAGAAUCCACACAGGUGAGAAGCCGUACCACUGUGAGACUUGUGGGAAAAGAUUUUCUGAGGCGAGCGCAUUAAACACGCAUAGAAAAAUACACACAGGUGAGAAGCCGUCCCAAUGUGACACUUGUGGAAAAAGAUUCUCUGACCUACCUAGAUUAAAAGUGCACAUGAGAGUCCACACAGGUGAGAGGCCGUACUUAUGUUACACUUGUGGGAAAAGAUUCACGCAGUUGAGCGCAUUAAACCUGCAUAUGAUAACACACACAGGUGAGAGGCCGUACCCAUGUGACAUCUGUGAGAAAAGAUUCUCUAUGCUGGGAAAACUAAAAGUGCACAUGAAAACACACACACGUGAGAAGUCGUAG